GAAGCGGAGCUUCAGACAAAAUUUAGACUCAAACUGAAAAUAUAAGCCAAAAAAUCAAUUCGUUUCUGAAUCUGAACAAAAAUUAAACCCCAACGAGUAGCGAGUAACGAGUAGCGAGCAACGAGCAUCGAGCAGCGGAGUAACGAGUGCAGACACAGAACACAAUGAGCAACGAGAGAGAUGCGUUGAGCCCUGAAGUUGGUGGCCUGGGCAGCAGCAGGUUUGAGUUUCGGUUUGCCGGUCCGGACUCCAUGCAGAACGCGGUGCAGCGGCACAACGAUCAGCGGGCAGCGGAGUUGGCUGAGCAAAGUCGCCGGCGGGAUGACAGCGGCAAGUCGUUGGGUGGAGGGCCGAUCUUCUGCAAGGUGCGCAGCUCUGGCCGUGAUGUGAUCAGCAAGUACACGUCCCGCGACAUGGACGUGGAGACGCAGCUGUCGGUGGCAGCUCCGAAGUGUCGCCACUUCCAGCAGCGCAUUCCCAGUGAGGUGUGCGACGAGUUGGACUCGCUGGAGUCGCUGGAGUCGGUGCCCGCCUGGGUGCAGGCAUCCGGGGCAAUGCUGAUGGUCGUCCAGCCACCGCUCCAGCAGCAGCAGGCGCAACGUGUCAGGGUGUCAGAGGGCAAGCCCAAGCUGCAGAUUCCACCGUGCGUGCAGAGAUGGGCGCUGAAGGUGCCACCCAAGCCGCGCAAGAGAGCGGCAAAGACGCAGCCAAAGCGCAGAAUCAUUCCCGAAGAGCUGCGGCAAGCGAACAGCGAUGCUGGCGAUGCUGGGGAUGCUGGCGAUGGGAGCGAAAAGAGAGCAAUUAUCCAAAAGGCCAUCGAAGUGCUGUACCGAGAGCCGACGGCCUGCUUUGCGGAUGUCAUACCCUCGCCCAUGAUGUCGCAGGCCAUCAGGGUGAAGGUGUGCGAGGCGCCGAACAUCUCCUACUUUGCCGCAGGCCAAUUCAUGCAGCAGCAUCGCAGCCUUGAGCCGGAGUCGACGGCGCCGUUCUUUCGCGAGGACAGCGACCUCGAGCACGAGUACAAGCAUCGGGAGGAGUAUAUGUGUGAGGUGGGGAGUCGCCCCAGUUGUGGCAGCAGCCAGGCAGACGCCACACUGGCCAACUGCCACAACAGGCCGAUGUUCUGCGAGGUGGAGUGCGGCUCGCGGGGAGUGCAUCUCUGGCGCAGUCUCAACCCGCUGCGGUACACCUCACAGCGGUCGGAGGAGACGCCGGCCAGCAGCAGUCAGCAUCGGGUGGUGCCACUGCCGCACAAGAAGAGUCCAGCAGAAAGGGAGACGGAUGAGCUGCAGACACUCCACUCUCGCCAGCCUGGCGGGCGGGACGGGAAGUCGAGUCAAGCUGCCACUGCCACUGACACUGCCACUGCGACUGUCCCCUGCCAGCGGCCAAAGCGUCGCAGGUGCCGGCAGAUGCAGCUGCCGGUGUGCAGCCAGUCGCUGGAGCACCUCAAGUGCCAGAAGCUGGGCAUCUACAACAAAAUCUCGCUGAAGCAGGAGCGGAUCAUUGGCGCCCUGGACCGACUGCAGCACAGUCUGCUGCAGCUGCAGGUGCCCGAGUGCAGCAGUCAGGAGCGCAGGAAGCGGGAGCGGAACGCGUUCGAGUUUUGCGUGCGCUUCUCCAGGAACUUCCUGUACCCGCUGAAGGGCAUGAUCGACGAUGUGCGCCGCACGCCGGUGACCCACUUCCACAGCGUCACCUCGAACGAGGCCUGCCAGCGGGUGGUGUCCGUGUACGGGCUGAUGCACCAAUCGAUUGCCACGUACCAGCGCCAGCUGCGCUACUUCCUGCUGGACAAGGUGCCGCAGAAGCUGAGCGCACUCAUGGAGAUGAUCUACACGCUGAGCAGCACGUGCGUGGAGAAGGGCAUACUGGACAGGCAGGACCCGGUGGCUGAGUGCCUGCGCGAGCGGUGCACAAGGUUUCUCACCUUCAUCGAGGACAUGCAGGAGGAGCGCUUCAAGUUGGCCCGCGAACAAUAUCGCCGCGUCCACCGACAGCCUCAACCGCCCCAGUCGGUGGGGAAGGAGCGAAAGAGCAAGCAGAACUACGACCUCAAGAUGUGCCUCAACGAUCACAAGAUGUACGAGCCGCGGCUGGUGGCCAAGAAGAAGCCGCAGGAGCUGAAGCGCGGCCGUGUGGCACGCACCAAGGCACCCGCCGGCGUGGCACGGGCCACCGAAUCCGCUGCGGAUAAUGCCCAGAGCCCAGAGGAGGUAAGGACACAGGUGGCCAUGGAUGACGUGCCCGAGGCAAAGUUGACCGAGCAGCAGCCAGCGGCGGGCAGGGACAGCCGCAGCGCCAAGCUGGAGGAUGAGCUGCAGCAGGCACUGAUCGAUGCAUUGCGUCAUGUGUCCAGAUCCGAAGUGCAGCAGGUGCUCGAUCCUCUGAUGCGUUCCAUUGGCGCCAUCCUGGACGAGAAGAUGCCAAAACAUUAAUUGAAUUGAGUUUAAUUGACAAACGCAAAAUUAAUACAGUGUAAGCUUUCGGCGAACGACAAAACCACAAAAUUGUGCAACAAAAUAGACAGGAUUUCGGCCAUCGAUGCAUUUUUGUAUGGAAAGU